AAAAAGCAGCCGCAUUCGCACAAGCGACAAGAGCCAACCAACAACGACGACGAUGAGCGACAAGGCGCAAGAGAUCCGGCUGCCAUCACCAAAGGCCUCCAAGUCGAAGUCGAGGCGAGCGCCCAUGCGCAUUUCAAAACCAUCCACUCAGCGCCCACCAUCCCCGGAGACCAUCCCCAUCCCGCUUCCUGCAGUCUCCUCGCCUCGCCAAUCCAAGCGACAGCAACACCAACAAGAGCCAUGCAGCAGCGCUGACGAUGGCGACGCAAACGCUAACGGCAGCAACAGUGGUGACACAUCUCCAGAGGACGGCCUGUCGCCGCCAAGACAACGUCAUAAGGACCAGCAGCCACAGCACAAAGACAACACAGCGCCGGCGACAGAAAAAGCGCAGGGGCCACAGGAAACGCAAGCAGCAACAGCCUCCCCAACACGCUCUCCCGGGCGCAAGAAGCGAUCUGCUGCAGGCCGCAAAGGAAAGACGGCCAAGGCAAGACAAAUCACAAAGCCAAGGCAGCCAACCUCAAUAGCUGCACCCGGCCGGGAUGCCCAAAGAGCUCAAGCGUCGACGGCCAGCGCAAGCACAGCACCGUUGAGUGAGCACCACGCAUCAUCCACAUCAGCGUCGUCGGCAUCGCCAACAUCAGCGCCAUCAGCGCCAAGCACCGCCGUGUCAACGGCCGGUACAGCUGCCGUUGCCGAGGGCCAGGGAUCGGGCCAGGUGCGCCAGUCAUUGCCGGAUCGAUCCGCAGCAUUGGGGACGACAGCCAAUGCUGUGACAGAAGCGUUAGAGCCAGGCGUGGUGGCUGCUCAGCAGGGCGGCGCUGCUAUGACGCAUCGGCCACACACAACACCGCACCCGGCCAAGCGGGCCCGUAAGCGCUCGAAGCCAUCCCGCCCCGAUGAGGGAACAGCAAUGACCAUGCAGCACUUUUGUCACUACAACCCGCGCAACCCAAUCAGCGAGCCAGACCGCAAGACGAAGAAAGCCAAAAAGAAGAAAGGUGGGAGCGGGAGUGAGGAUGGCAGCAAAUCGCCGCAGGAGCAAGAGGCGAGCCAGGAGCAGGAACAGCAACCGACGGUGCAGAAGGUUGGCCCGCGCCUGCGCGUCAUUGACGACGAGAUCCAUGUUGAAUCGGCCUCGCUCGAGCUCAGCACCCAACCGCAGUCCCUUACACACGCCGAAAAGCGCGAUCCUGACAGGCAUGUCACGUCGUCCUCAUACUCCAAGCGGACAAAGGGCAUCAUAUGGACACCCGAAGAGACUGCGCGCUUCUAUCGUGCGCUGUCGUGUUGCGGCACCGACUUUUCCCUCAUGCAGCAGCUCUUCCCCCGCAGGACACUGCGCCAGCUCAAGCUCAAGUACAUGAAGGAGGAUCGCCGGAACAAGGCGCAGGUGUCGGCUGCCCUGAAGCAGCGCACGCCGCUGACGCACGAGCUACUGCAACAGCUCACGCCAAAGGCCGUGGACAUGGAUGCAAGCAAGGGCAAGGGCAAGGGCAAGAAGAAGAGUAGUAAGCAGAAGCCGCCGACGAGCGUGCAGGAGAUUGUGGCGCGCAACGAAGAAAACGCUGCGACAACAGCGCCGACAACAGCUGCGUCAGCAACAACGUCAACAGCUGCACCAACAACGUCAACAGCUGCAACAGGCAAUGGCGAGGGUGCCAGCAGUUCAUCGCAUUCAACAACAACAACAGCUACAACAACAACAACAGCUACAACAACAACAGACAUAACGACACAGCCAACACCAGCAUGACACUCUUGUGCAAUCGAGCUGUGUGUGUGAUGGCUGGAUUAGGAGAACGAUGACUCCCGCUACUAUUAUAGGUUUUGAUUUGCUCCCUUUGUCGUCGUUGUUGCUUGUGCCUGCGCCAUGAUGUGACAAGGACAUGAUGCGUCUUCUGCACCUGUCAUGUGCCCCUGCGUGGGUCAUGUCCCUGCAUGCGUUGACAUGGCAUGUCUCUUUGCUGUUUGUGUGUCGUGUUGUAUGUAAACUUGCCGUACGCAAAGCUACGCAACUCUUUUCCCAAACUCAUAAACAAGAACAUCCCCA